GUUACUUCUCAGACUGCAUUAAUGACGUUCUGCAGGCUGUUUGCACAACAAGUGUAAAUAAUUAUAUAAACUUUUUGCCUUGAGGCGACUUUUUUUUGACACCAUAUAAAUAAAAUUGAAUUCCUGUAAAACAGGAAGUAUGACGAGCUGAAGCCAGGAGGAGUCAUGUGACCUCGUCCUCGCUGAUCUGUGUUGGGGGGUGAACAGGUAGGGGGACCUUGAAUCCUCUCAGGUGUGUCAUGUGACUCGUGCUCUCUGUCUCUCUGUAGGACUCCUCUUCCAAAAUGGCCGAUGCCGAAGGGUCCCCGGCUGUGCGCUCGCUCCGCCUUUCCCACUCUGCACAACCCCCUCCCCCCGCCUCGUCCUCCUCUCCUACCACGUUCUCCUGCCCCUCCUCCCCCUCCAGCGCCUCCUCUUCCUCAUCCUCCUGCUCUGAGAGUUCCUCAGACUUCCUCACUCACCAUCACCAUCAUCAUCACCGUCCCGCUCGCCCUCAGCUGCAGCUGCCUCCGCCCACCCACGGGGAUCAGGCCUCCUCCCCCAGCGCCAGCCCCCGCAGCUCCUCCCCUAGUGGGAGCAUCGGCAGCACCUGCAGCCUCGGUAGCAGCAGCGCCAGCGAGGGCAUCGGCAGCGGAGGCACGUCGAGCGGUGGCGGCGACCAGCGAGGACCAAGUCCUCCGCUGGACGUCAUCUCAGAGGACGCCAUGGAGAUGGACCUAGGUGUCGAGCAAGUCAUCGACCCGGAGGUGGCGCUGAAGGCGUGCCAGGAAGUGCUCCUUAAAGUCAAGCUGCAGGACGAUCAGCGGCAGCACCCGGCAGAUGUGGCAGAGCGCGGCGCCGUGACCCAGCUCAUCAGCCCAGACGCCGGCUCCAUCAAAGAGGAAGAUGAGGAAGACACCGACACGCCGUCCCAGCCCGACCCGCGUCCUUCGGCUCGGCCAGAACCUUUCUCGCCACCGUCGUCAUCAAAGCAGUCGUGGCUGCUGCGCCUGUUCGAGUCCAAGCUGUUCGACGUCUCCAUGGCGAUUUCCUACCUGUACAAGUCGAAGGAGCCGGGUGUGCAGGCGUACAUCGGGAACCGCCUCUUCAGCUUCCCGGACAGCGAGGUCGAUUUCUACCUGCCGCAGCUGCUCAACAUGUACGUGCACAUGGACACAGAGGUGGGCGACGCCAUCCGGCCGUACCUGAUCCACCGCUGCAGCGCCAGCAUCACCUUCUCGCUGCUCUCUGCCUGGCUGCUCGGUGCCUACUCCUCCGACAUGCACAUCUCCACCCAGCGCCACUCCAGAGGAACCAAACUGCGAAAGCUCAUCUUGUCCGACGAGCUCAACCCUGCUCCAUCUGACAGCCCCGCGUCCUCGCCGUCUCACCGCCGCCAUCGCCAUCACAGACACGAUGGCAGCAACGCCGAGGCCUCUUCCGUGUUCGGCCCUGGACAGGGACAAGCCGAGGUGUUUGUUUCCCCGUCCAGGAGGACCCACCAGAGAUCCAAGUCGGAUGCCGCCAUGGCGAGCAAUGGACCUGGCGCUGGUCUCCGACGGUCUGGGAGUAACCCAAAAGUGGAGGCGGUCCACGAAGAGCCCGAGCGUCUCCGUCCUCAGAGGGAGUUCAUCAAGUCUCUGCUGUGCAUCGGGAAGCGUCUCGCCACGCUGCCCACCAAAGAGCAGAAGACGCAGCGUCUGAUCUCCGAGCUGUCGCUGCUCAACCACAAGCUGCCGGCCCGAGUGUGGCUGCCCACCGCCGAGCACCAGCACCACGUCUGCAGGGUGCCGCACACGCAGGCCGUGGUCCUAAACUCCAAGGACAAGGCUCCGUACAUCAUCUACGUGGAGGUGUUGGACUGCGACAGCUUCGAGACGUCUCCCGUUCCCGUUCGCAUCCCGGAGACGCGGAUACGCUCGGCCCGCUCCGCAGAGAACCUGGACUGCAGCACCGCAGCUAACGGCAGCAGCGGUAUGACAUCGGAGCACAGAGCGGGAAGUUUCUCCACCGUCCCGAACUACGACAACGACGACGAGGCGUGGGCCACCGAUGACAUCGGGCAGCUGCAGGUGGAGAUGGAGGCUCAGACCAGCAGCAGCGACAACAUCAGUCAGUUUUCAGUCGACAGCAUCACGAGUCUGGAGAGCAAAGAGCCGGUGUUCAUCGCCGCCGGAGACAUCAGACGGCGGCUAUCGGAGAACCUUGCUCACACUCCCACCGCAUUCAGGAGGGACCCCGAGGACCCGUCGGCCGUCGCCCUCAAAGAGCCCUGGGAGGAGAAAGUCAGGCGGAUCCGAGAGGCGUCUCCGUACGGCCACCUGCACACCUGGAGGCUGCUGUCGGUCAUCGUGAAGUGUGGGGACGAUCUGAGGCAGGAGCUGCUGGCCUAUCAGGUCCUCAGACAGCUGCAGUCCAUCUGGCAGCAGGAGCGCGUUCCUCUGUGGAUCAAACCCUACAAGAUCCUCGUCAUGUCUUCAGACAGCGGGAUGAUCGAGCCCGUCCUCAACGCCGUCUCCCUGCACCAGGUGAGGAAGCAGAGUCAGCUGUCGCUGCUUGACUACUUCCUGCAGGAACACGGCAGCUUCACCACAGAGGCCUUCCUCACCGCUCAGAGGAACUUUGUGCAGAGCUGCGCCGGCUACAGCCUCAUCUGCUACCUGCUGCAGGUCAAAGACAGGCACAACGGGAACAUCCUGCUGGACUCCGAGGGCCACAUCAUCCACAUUGACUUUGGCUUCAUCCUCUCCAGCUCUCCUCGCAACCUCGGCUUCGAGACGUCUGCCUUCAAGCUGACCUCGGAGUUCGUGGACGUGAUGGGCGGGCUGAACGGAGAUAUGUUCAACUACUACAAGAUGCUGAUGCUUCAGGGUCUGAUCGCAGCCAGGAAGCACAUGGAGAAGGUGCUGCAGAUCGUGGAGAUCAUGCAGCAAGGUUCCCACCUGCCGUGCUUCCACGGCUCGAGCACCAUCCGUGGCCUGAAGGACCGUUUCCACAUGUCUCUGACGGAGGAGCAGCUGCAGCUGCUGGUGGAGCAGCUCGUGGACGGGUCCGUGCGCUCCAUCACCACCAAACUCUACGACUCCUUCCAGUAUGUCACCAACGGCAUCAUGUGACCCGUCUGGACUGAGCGACGGCGGUGGCCGGAGCCGGCAGAUGUUUCGCUGCGCCGCCGCCUGAUUGGAUUCGAUGGAGCCGCCUCGUCACCGUCAUCGGGGUCGAGGCGGCUGCUGGAAGACUCGAUAGAGAUGGAAACCACUUCAUCACAUCGUUUAUGGAUUUAAAUCUGCAGCUAAUCGAAGCGACGGCACGGCAGAUUCGACUUCCUGCCGCUCGUCACACGCGUGAACUCAUCACUGCUGUCGACUUUAUUAACCAGCCCAUAAUCACUACUAAACUGCCCAGCAGCAGAGCGUUUACAGACACAACCACCACUACUUCACCCAUCCUUCAGCUAAAAACAGCUCAAUGUUUCCACGUCUGUUGACAGGAAAACGUCUGAGAAAGGCGUUUGGUUCUUUCCAGCAAACAUCCUGUAAUUACAGAAGCUCCUUUUCCAAAGAUAAAAGUCUCGUAAUCGUAAGCCUGAGAUUCCAGAAGGCGCCCUCUUUUUCCUCCCAACGUCGUAGUUUAAAAUGGACUCAGAGGAGAACUCCUCAGAAACUCGAGGGUGAGCCCGAGGACGCGUCUGACUGGGUCGGCACGAACCUUCUCUUGUUUAAAUGAAGUCCGAGUGGACGCGAACACCAGCAGAGGUGGAAGGAGUUUGCUCUCCGAAUCAGAACGGCUACGAGGAAAAAGCACAACGUGAACUCGGCGUUCGGCACGCUCACAGAAAGGCUGACGUAUCCACGCUCCUUUACAGAUUAUCGCUUUAUCUUCCAGCAGCAUUCCUGUUUUCACCAGACAUUUCUCACAGUUCAUCGUCAGCCUUUUCCCGACAUUUUAGCAACUGUAAGCGCGUCGAGGUUUGGGGAAGCUCAAAUUCUUUUGUCCUGAACGUCCAUUAGCCUGAGCCAGUGACCACUGCUGCCCAUUUUCCUCUGUUUUAUUUCAUUGUAUUUCACUUUUUCCUAAACUGUUAUUUUACCACUUUCCCAAAUAUCUAUUCAGCUGUUUGGUUUUUAACAGAGUCACUGUCAUGCUAGCUAUGCUAAUGGAGAAUUACUCACAGACUGUGGAGGAGCAAAGUCCAGAAUAUUUAUUAGAAAUAUGGCCAUUACUAUAAUAAACUACAUUAUUAUUUUUUAAUUACUAGGGGAGAUGUGUUUUUAAGCUAAUGUUCCUGUACUAGCUAACAAAAUUAAUACCUAGCUAAGGCUAAUCAAAGAAAUAAAUGAGUCCUGUCCUCAUUUCCUAAUAACAUUACUCUUUCACUGCUGUAGUAUACUUUGCAGUUUAUGCUCUCUCACUAGCUAAUAACCACUAAACUACUAGCAGCAGAGAGUAUACGUUUAUUAUACACUUAAGUUGAUUUUUCCCUCAUUGCAGUUUGUUAGCAAUUAACCUGACAGUGUCUUGGCUAAAACUUUUUGCUUUUUUUAUUUAUUCCUCUCUAAAAUAAGUACGUUUUGUAACAAGAUAACAAACUCGCCAUUUUGGUUGCUGUCUCUCUAUAAGCCUACUUUCGUCUGAUUGGCUGACUUGCAGUAGUCUGUAGAGGGGCAGCACUUUCUUAUGAACUGCACUUUCCGUUUAAACCUUUGACCAACUAGCAUCAGCACAAAAACACAGUAAGUUGCCUUUGAGAGCUUUUAUAAAAUAGUUUUGUCUUGUUAGUGUAAGAAAAUACUAAACCUUUAUCAAUGUGACGAGUGUCUGGUGAAAAAAAUAUUUACUUUCGUUUUUUUAUUUUAAUGUUUGUUACAUCUUUUUAGGUCCAAUUUCAAUUUCUGAGAAAAAGUUACUGAAGUUUUGUUGUUCAUGUGUUUCUGUCAGCUCGGUGCACAUGCUAGAGAUUAUACAGUGAUAAUGUCAGUGCACAGUAAGUGGCCGUUCUGAGCCAAAAGGUUCUUAUCAGGAGAAUUAUACUCAUUAUUAUCACUUUGGACUAAACGCGUUAUUGUUAUGUGAGUCUGUAUUUACGUACUAAGAGCUCAGCAGUGUUCCUCUCUGAUUGGCCCCAAUAUACAUUCCCUUGGUUAAUGCUGGCCAGUCAGAAGAGGCGGUUCUGUGCACGCUGAGCGUGACGAUCAGUUGAACACGUGAAUGUUUUUACACGCAGACGUGUUCUCAUUGUUGAGCGAAAGCUAGCAGUUUUAGCUUUAGCGCUGCUGCUGUCGCUCUAAUGCUGGAACACUGGCUUUAUUUCAGCGUCUUACACAUAGAAACGGCUUCCUGUGUGUUUCUACAGUACGCGCCUCUAGCGUUUGCUAGCUAACAGUUGUCAUUUCUGUAAAUAGCAACUUUCCCCGCUGUUUAAGGGCAGCAGCAGUUCACUGGAGGCUUUGAGCUGCAGUUCCAGUAUGACUGAAAUCAAACAUGAAGCAUUUUUACAGCUAGCUAAACGGUAAGCUAAUACAGCAGUUAACUGAUUACAUAGCUGGAGCUAAUUUCAGUGAAACAACGUGUCAUGGCAGUUUCCUCUAAAACGAUUAAAAUGUAAGUUUACUCUCAGAUGCACUUGAUUAUUAGCAGGUAGUGAGACAAAAUCUUUCCAGUUUGAUUAUUAUUCUACAGGAAUGGUAAUCAGCUAACAUCAGGUCGGGGCUAAAAUAGUCACCUGACGCUCGGACAUUAUGACAGUUUUUUUGUUUUUAUUCUUGUUUAUUAAUGAAUGUUUAACUGUGAAAAGGGGAAGCUGAGCCGGCGGACAGUGAACUGGGUCUUGCUGGAAUAAAGCCAGUGUUUGUAGUAGUUUCUGACCACUGUAAAAGGACAACCACAGCUCUGUCGUGAACGCAGCGCCACCGUCCGCUAACUAGCUCACUGUUUUACGUGCAGCUGUGUCUAAAGUUUACCAGAUUAGCAAACGCUCUUUGCUUUCUUUGUCGUUCGUUAUUUGUGAAUCUGUACACGAACCGAGUUUGUUUCCCGUGAGAAAAAUCGAUGCCUUGAGACGUACAGAAGGUACAAACUUAUCAAUGCAACAGGAGGGACGUUGGGACCUCAGAAGUGCUUUUUAUAUCCUCGGUUUGACGCUCCAGGGACAAGCUUCAACACUCCAGUACUCCUCGCUCAUCUGCAUUUAUUUACAUUUCAAGUCCCGUCUGUAAGCGCUGCAGAGGAGCUCUUUAAAAUUUAAAGUAAAGUCAUUGGGAAGUGAUACUGCUGUUUGAAAAGGUGGAGACGCCUGUAAGGUCAAGCCAAACGAUGGCGUUAGCUGCAGUUUGGAGGCUAGUGGGGAGAACGGAUUGUUGAGACUCGUCCCUGCCGCUGAACAUCCUCAUUGCCUUUGUCAUCAGCUCUGAACACGGUCAGUGUGAGAAGUGCAUUUAUGAAACGUUUCUGUCGUUUGUAAGGAUCCUUUGUUGUUAAUGUUUUACUAAAACACGGAGUCAUACAGCA